UACACCCUUUUGUUCUAACAAACGACCGAACUGUCAAAACUGAAAAAUAACAAGCAACAGCAGAUAAGCUCACAGUCAAUCGACUUAAGUACGAAAUCAAAGCAAAUUUUGCGAUCAGCAGAUACGACAAGUGAAGCAACUGAGCUUAAAAUGGAUUUCGGCGGUCUCCAGUUGCUGUUAGAUGCCGCGACUCAGCUCGAUGAAUCACAUUCGAUUGAAAAUGCUACGGUAAAUACUGUUUCUAUCCCUAGCGUGGGCUGCUACGAAGAAGUGGGGAUGAGUGCUUCUACAGAAGGAUUGCCUCCACACGUAUGGCAUAGUGUACAGAAGGAUGCUUCUCGAGUAGAAUCACCAGCAUCUAAGGGUGACAUUCAAAGAGAUUGCUUCAACCUUUCAAGGAAUGACACAGCUCCCGUAUCUUUUUCAAUGUUCGAACGAUCUUUGCCUGAACGCUUCUUUUCAACUCCUAUCCGAGCUCCUAACUACCGUUCAGUGCAAUCCCGAACAAGACUCAACAACCAGCUGGAUAUUUCCACGGCUAGCAAAUUAACUGCUGAUGAAUGUCCACUUGAUUUGUCGCUUGGAUCUCAAUUACCAGCUCACAUGAGCAGUCUUUCGGGAAGAGCAAUUGAUUUGGCAUUACCUCGAAAGUCGGAACACAAUUUGACGAUUCUCCCAUUAGAUUUACGCAUUGAAAACAGUUUUAAUUCUGUGAAAUCAUCUGAAAGUGGCCAUUUCGUACAUGACAUUUUACCUAUGAAGCGUGAAGCUUCAUUAACUAUAGAAGAUUCUCCAUCUACGAAACGCGAGGCUUUGGUAACGGCAGAAGAUUUUCCGACUAUGAAGAAGCGUGAACUUAUGCAUGAUAAACAAUCGUCUGGGAAGUCGAUGGAAAUCGCUUCAACGGUCGAAGGAGUUGAUCGUUGUCCACAUGAUGUUGAUCCUAUUACCAAACCUCGACGUGAACCACUUAAUGAAAAUUGUGAAACAGCUAAUCCGAACGAUUCAUUUAUUUGCGAAUAUUUCAAAAUGUACCAAAGCAUUAAUAACAGCAAUAAUGCACUUAAUAACGACUAUGAUGAUUCAGAAAGAGUACCGCUAGUGGAGCUGAAACUAGCGUCCGUUCAACAAGAGAACGUAAUGCAGAUUCCUGAAAAUGACCCGGAUGACAUGGAAGGUGAUCCAACUUUGUUGAACGAGCUAUCUAUUUACGAAUAUUUUGAAGAGUAUCAAAAUUUAAACGACACAGACAGUAAUGAUUCAGAUGAGGAUUAUGUUGCACCUUCCAAUCGUACCAAGAACGGACCAGGAUUGACAGUUGAUGACAAACAAGUGCAAGAUGAAAACCUUCGUGCAGGUUGCAGUAAAAGCAAUAAUGUGCCAUCCGUUAUCGACAUAACUGGUGCUCAUGCUUUGGAAUUGGAAAUGUGCGAAUUGCAGCAAAAAAAAAAACAACAUUCGACAACAAAAUAAAAAACUAAAAGAAAAAGGUCUCAAGUACAUCAGAGCUGAUGGUACUAUAGUAGCUGCCCGAAAAGUGAGAAAGCCUUGCGAAUGCCGUAUGAAAUGUUAUGAGAAAUAUAAUUUUAAUUACUCCAUUCGAAAGCAAUUAUUAUCCAAUUUGCUGCGUCUCAAGAUCUCGGGUCAGAAUCAGUUUCUGUCUUCCCAUUUGACAAUAGUAAAAACAGCGCGAAAUAAGGUUAUAAAUUCUCGUCGCCUGUAUAGUCGCAUCUACAGGCUACCUGGUGUAGAAGGGUCAGUCAAAGUAUACAAGCUCAUGUUUAUGAGAACGUUCGAUAUUAGCGAUAGGAAACUGAGAACUCUUGCUGCAAAAAAAGUGAUCGGUUCUGGUAUUGCUGAAGAUGAUCGCCGACGCUUCAACACUUGUCAACAGACAGUAAGCCCGGACCACAGGAAGUAUAUCGAGCGACAUAUCCAAAGCUUUCCAGCGUACUCAAGUCAUUACACUCGAGAAAAAUCGAAUCGAUUAUACCUAUCAAGCGACCUUACUAUCGCUCGAAUGUACGAAAUGUACCAAGAUAAGUGUACGGCUGACAAUGCUUGGAUCCCGGUACGUUAUAAUGCGUACAGAAUAAUAUUCAAUUCGAUGAAUUUGUCGUUCCGCAAACCCAAGAUGGACACAUGUGGAGGGUGUGACAAGUUUCGUACGAAACUAAAAGUGGCGAAUAAUGACAAAGAAAAAAAAGACACGAAACGACUGUACGAUCUCCACCAGAGUACAGCACAAGCAGUGUACGAUGAAAAGAAAAGGGAUAAAACGUUAGCCAAGGAAAAUUCUACAGUCCGAAUCGCGAGUUUUGACCUCCAGAAGCAACUCCCCACACCGCAUUUGACUUGUGGUCAAGCAUUCUACGCAAGGCAGUUGUAUACAUACAACUUGACGGUGUUUGAUUGUUUUCUCGGCUCACACUCUGCAUCGUGCUUUCUGUGGGAUGAAACCAAAGCUAGAAGAGGUUCUCAAGAAAUAGCAUCAUGCCUUUUCUUGGAUCUGCAAGCAACACCAACGACUGUGGAGCAGAUGAUCUACUACAGUGACCGCUGCGCCGGACAGAACCAUAAUAAAGUAAUUGUCGGUCUAUUUUCCUACUACAUUGAGUUGCAAGCUUUAGUUGGGCGCAAAUUGAGCAUUGAACAUAAGUUCAUGAAAACAGGCCACUCUCACAUGGAGGUAGAUACUGUCCAUGCAGCCAUUGAGAAGGCAAAGCGAAAAACAACAGUAGAUAUUGAAACUCCUCACGAUUGGGCCGUUUUUAUUUCCGCAAUAAGGCGGACAGUCCCAUUUAAAGUAUUGGAACUAGAACAAAAACAAUUUCUUGGAUUUAAAGUACUAACAGACCGGUACACAAUUCCGAAAGCAUCUGUGAAUGGAGAUAUAAUAAAAUUCAGAGACAUUAUGGUGUUCAGAUACUCCACAUCUUCUCCAGGAGAAGUCGAUUUCAAGUACGACGUCACUCAAGAUCAUUUCGAAAAAAUGCGUCUGCUACAAAAGACAGCAGAUGGAAUUGAUACCAUUGACUUAAAGCCUAUUCAUACAACAUCCAUCCCAUUGCCGGACGCAAAGUUGGCAGAUCUCAGGGGAUUACUCCCCUACAUUCGACAGAAGGAUUACUACCAGGCAUUCUUAAAAAGCCUUGUGCCUGCAAAGAGAGGACGCAAAGCAAAAUCGACUACAGAAGAUCAUUUUGAGAAUGAUUUGGACUUAAACGAAGACUCGUAGUUUAAGAGUUU